AACUCGCGUUUUGGCCAUAAAAAGGGGCGAUCGAUCAAAAACAGGCUUUUCAAAUAAGUCAGGAGUCUGUUAGAACACGCUGGUAUCAUAUGGAAUGUCAUAUACCUGCUCCUUUACUCAGUAUCUGGGGUACUAUCGAGUAGAAGGCUACAGUAUCUUUAAGAGCACUAGAAGAGAAUCCGAUGUAUAAGAGCCUUUAUAGCAAAGCGUGCAUCUUGCAAAGUCUGCAUAUUAAUGCUCGACACGCUUGCAUGAAAUGUUUAAGUGACCUUAUAGAACACUACGAGUAGUAGGUAUAUGUAGGCAUUACAAUUAUCAGAUAGAUAGUUCCACUGGAGAAAUGAAGUCGACGGACUGAGAUUAAUUUCUACUUAAUAACAUGGCUCAGCUAGUGAAGGGGAGCACAAGGCUACGCUCGGUUCCAGUCCGGUUCAGAUAUCUAUUCCUGCUCGCCACUGUAUUCGGUAGCAGCUUCCUCCUUAUUUCGAUUACUAACCGCACAGACAUAUUGCUCGUUAACAACGACCAACCUUUGUCCUCCUUGGAUCUACACCAUUAUGAUCUCGUACCCGAAACAAGUUUCACCAUAAAAACUGAUGGUUGCACCAUUCCUGGGUUAAUAGCUCUAGAUGAAAGUAUCAAACCAUUUAUUCGUCCUCCGACAGAUUUAAAGGAAUGUCCGAAUGCUAAUUACACUCUUUUACAACACAACGAAACACAUAUUUGGAUUGAUAAGGAUAUUUUACAAUAUUACAAUGUGCCUAAAGACGGAAAUAUGUCUUGUUGUUAUAAGUCAUUUUACAGACCCAAGUCUAUCGCUAAUGUUUUCUCUGAACACGUCGAUGACAGAGUUCAAUACGACGAUUGUGUGGAAUUCGUCAACUAUAUUGAAGUAGAACACGAAUUUGUAAGGGUGUCCUGUGAAUAUGACCAAAAAACUGUUUACGAUCAAUUCUUCCUAUUCGCCAUUAAGAAAAUGUUCGAUUUUACAGAACAUAGAUUUGGGCAGAACAUUAUGAACACCCCACCAAAGAAUGACACACCAUUUUACAAUGUGAUUGUAAUGGGUAUCGAUGCUAUCUCCAGGCUAAAUUUUUAUAGAACAAUGCCUAAAACUCUGGACUACCUUAAAAAGAAGGGUGCUAUAGAAUUAUUAGGGUACAACAAAGUGGGUGACAAUACAUUUCCCAAUUUAACUCCAAUGUUGUUGGGCAUCAAAGAAACUGAUUUAAAGAGAACAUGCUGGCCACAUGACGGCGCAAGUUUUGAUAACUGCCCUUUUAUCUGGCAGUGGUUUAAAGAAGCCGGUUUUUAUACCGCCCUUGGUGAAGAUAGUGCAAAGUUAGGGACAUUUAAUUUUGCUAAAAACGGUUUUAUUAAAACUCCUACAGAUUUUUAUAUUCGCACAUUUCUACACGAAGCAGAAGUUAAUGUUGGUAACACUAAAGAUUUUAACUCAUAUAUUUGUAUGGGUAACAAGUACUUUUAUAAAGUGCUCUUAGACUACAUUGAAAGUCUAAUGUCUGCUCUGAGAUAUUCGAAACUGUUUGGAUUUUUUUGGGAAGUAUCAAUGAGUCAUGAUUACCUCACAUAUCCAAUGGCUAUGGACGAUAGUUACAAAAACUUUUUCGAAAAGCUUGAUAGUUAUAAUUAUUUAGAUAAUACGGUUUUAAUACUGUUAAGUGAUCAUGGCAUAAGAUGGGGUGCCAUACGAUUAACUAAACAAGGGCGAUUAGAAGAGCGCCUGCCUUUUGUUCACAUUUUAUUGCCACCGUCAUUUCAAGAGAACUACAACCUAGCCUACAACAAUCUGAAACAAAAUAGCAAACGACUUACAACACCAUUUGAUAUGUACGCCACUCUCUCAGAUCUAAUCAACUUAGAAGAAAUAAGUAACGAAAAAAUCAAGCAACGCACAAAAUCGUCUUACACUGAAAACAGAAGCAUUAGUCUAUUUUUGCCCAUACCGAAGAAUCGAACUUGUAAAUCCGCUGAGAUAGACGAUCAUUGGUGCACUUGCCAUAAAGGUAUUAAACUAUCAACAAAAAGUUUUGAAGCCCGUAAUGCGGCCGAACAACUAGUAAAACAUUUAAAUAAAUAUUUAGAGGAAUACCGUCAGUGUGCAGUGCUGUCCCUGGCUGAAGUGCUGGAGGUGACUGAGAUGAUGGCAGGCAAGCCGAGGAAAGACGAAAUAGGGUGGCGCGAGUUUAUGGUGGUAGUGCGGACCACACCGGGCGACGGCGUGUUCGAGGGCACGCUGCAACACCGGAACGACAAGUGGACGCUGGCCGGCACCACCAGCCGCCUCAACCUGUACGGCGACCAGAGCCACUGCGUGCACCACUACCAGCUCAAGCUGUACUGCUACUGCCGAUAGCUGGCACUCUCUAAACCUAACUACUAUGUUAUGGAAAUGAAAAGCUGUGAUAUUUCCAAGUGUUAUAAGAGAAUAAGGUAAAAUAUUUAUUUACGUAAAAGUUUAUUGAUACAAAUACCGGGCCUAAUACUUAUCGGUAAGAAUUUACUUUGAUUGUUUGCAAGGAAUGUGAUAUGUUUGUACAUGUACAUAUAUAAGGAGACGACUGUAGUUAAAUUAUGUAACUUAGAGUGUAGACAAGUUAGUAAAAAUGUUGUAGAAAUGUAAAUGCUUUACAUCUCAUGUACAUAUCUUACUCAUUGUAAUAAGGUUUUCGCAAUGACAUAUCUCUUCAUGAGGUGGUAUGCUGAUCAUUGUUUCUUCCAAAGAUUGUUGUUGUUGUUAGUACGGAUUAAGUACUUAUCUACCAAGUUUAGUGAUAAUUAUAUAUCUUCUAAGCUAUAGUAUUGUAUUUAUCAAUAAAUGUUUAGAUGUUGGUGUAUGUGACAGCAAUAUUAAGAUAACAACAGAAGAUCUUUAAAUAGGUUUAGAACUUAGCGGGCCUACCACCACCUUGUAAAGUAAGAACAUGGCCUUUGUGGAAGAGAAACACUGCCCAGCACCAUGAUAAAUGCGCGAAAUACAAAGCAUCACUUGUUAACAGUCCUAAUUGGUGGUAGGGUGGGCCUGGAAUAGAGAUAACGACUGGGUACAAAGAGUAACAACCUUAUUAGUCCAUCAGAUAAAUAAUAAAAAAAUAAUAGAUAUGUAUUUUUACCUUUUUCUGAAAAAAACAAGUUGUACCAGAUAAACUUGUUUAAAGUUUCAGGAGUAGCCUGGAGAAGUAAUAACUUCGCAAAUUUUAUACACAGAUGCGACGUCACGCCAAAGUUCAUUCACGGUUAUUUUAUCAAUUAUGUUUGCAGAACAAAGUAAAAAUGCGUAUUUAUUUAUUAUA